CCAUCUGACACAUACUUGGAAUCAGGAACUUUAAAAAAAACAGCAGCCUUAUACACAGUGCGCUUCAAUACUCCUGUGCAGAUAGACAAGUGAUGUAAAGGGGGAGUAGCUGAAGCCUAUAUUUUUCUUUGGAAAGAUACUAAGUUUAUUUAAAACCAAGAUCGUUUUCUGAGAAAGUCUGCAUUGAAUUACAUGACAUGACUCACUGAGCUUCACAGAGACACUAGGACGGCCCCUUAGAGACUAUCCGAACUGAGAACGUACUUCAUGCGGCAAGCCUAUAGGAUGGAGGGGUAUAUCUUAGCACCUCCUGCAGAAGAAAUGAUUUCGUACGAUCCUGAAAUUUACAGACAACCCCAUGAAUAUUAUCCCUAUCUGAGCAGCGACGGAGAAAGCCAUGGAGAUCACUGUUGGGAUUACCACCCACACCACAUCCACAGCAGUGACUUUGAAUCGUUCCAUGAGAAUAACUUCACUGAGUUACAGAGCGUCCAGCCUCUGCACCUGCAGCAGCUUCACCGUUACACUGAAAUCGACCCCCUGCACACCAUAGACCCGGCUUUGGGGGCCACACACAUCGGACUAUCCCCACAGUUUGUUGCUGGCACCUGGAAACCUGAAUGGAAGUUGGUUUCACCAAAUAUGCAGACUAUACCUGAAAAUAAAACUCACAGCAAGAUGCAGUAUUUGCAGCGAGUCUUUCCUUUCCAGUCUCCAGCGCAGCGCAGUUCGGAUGAUGAUGACUUGGAGAGACGGAGCCCUCCCUUCGAGGUGUCUGAUGGAGAGACAGACCCUGCGGGCAGUAUUCCUUACGCAGCCACUGGAGAAGCAGGAAGUAAGAAGAAGAUCCGCUUGUUCCAGUUCCUGCUUGACCUUCUGCGCAACGGGGACCUGAAGGACAGCAUCUGGUGGGUGGACAAAGAGAAAGGGACCUUCCAGUUCUCCUCCAAACACAAGGAAGUCCUGGCCCACCGUUGGGGGUUGCAGAAGGGCAACCGCAAGAAAAUGACCUAUCAGAAGAUGGCCCGGGCUCUCAGAAACUACGGCAAGACCGGCGAGGUGAAGAAAGUGAAGAAAAAGCUGACGUACCAGUUCAGUGGCGAGGUGCUGGGAAGAAGCAAUGAUAGAAAGAUGUACUUGCACUGAUACAGCUCCAGAGCUGAGGGAAAACCCACAGCAAAGCCUUAAAAACUGUAGCCAAAAAAGUCUUGGUGCUUCCUUUUGCUUUUGUAGAGUUCAUUGAAAUAUCGAACUUACAGGCACAUAAAAACAGAACAAAACAGGUAGUCAGUUUGCUAACAGUUUACAUUGAAUGUCUCUAAUUACUGUGUCGGUACUAAAUAAAUACAUUUGUGCUUGCACAUACGUACAAUGUUAUUAUGCAUAG